CGCGUGCAACAAGCCAGGCCAGACAUCCGCACCCCUGCGAGCGCAACACCGACCGCGCAUCCACCACCACUCUAAGGCUGCCCUGCUCCCGGCCAAUAGCAGCGACGCCCCCUCCGCCAAAAGCGUGAGUGGUGCUUUAUUGGUACUUUAUUGGCGACAGACCUUCCUCGCAUUUGCAACCUUGCGCCCGAGGCUGAACGACACACCCGCAACCGCGAACCCAGAAGAUCCACCCUGCGUCGCCAUCGCGACUUGACUUCUCCCAUUCGGGAGGGAGGUAUCUGCUGCCAGCACGUAAAUAAGCUUUCGCUCCGGCGGCCCCAAUUAUUUAUGGCGAUUCCCACCCUUCACCCACUCUCUUCUACCAGAUAAUGUUGACGAAUGUUGACGCGUGUUGAAGAUGGCUUCAAGACUCGAUCGCCUCGUCACGCUGUUGGAGACGGGAAGCACCCAACUGAUUCGAAACACCGCCGCGACACAGCUAGCUGACGUCCAGAAAGCCCAUCCCGAGGAGCUGUUCAACCUGCUCACGCGAGUUGUACCUUAUCUCCGACACAAGACCUGGGAUACACGAAUUGCAGCGGCAAAGGCCUUGGGUGGAAUCGUCGACAAUGCUGAGCGAUACAAUCCCAAUGCCGAUGAUAGCUUCACCAAAGAUGAGGCGAAGAAGGAAGAGAGCGAUUUGCCCAUUAAGAAAGAGGAAGCUGUCGAUGAAGCCCCUCUUGCCGAGGGGCAACUGAGUCUGGAUUCCCUCGAUAUUGUUUCGGUCCUCAGAUGGGGAAAAGAGUUGUUGAGAGGUGGCGGCAAGGAGGUCGACUAUGCUCUCUCGCAACUUGAUCCGGUGCAGCGGCUUGCUCACCAGAAGAAGACGCUUCCUGGUCGGCUUGGCUUACUUGGAGAAUAUUUUGAUGAUGAAAUGGAUAUCGACAUGCCUGUCGUUAAGCAGAAUGGGACUACCACUCCCCAGAUCAAAACUUCGAACGGGCACACCAAUGGCAAUCAACGGCCUCCGACUCCUGCUGAAGAAGUUGGUUUAAGCGCGAGACAACUUAACCAAUUGAAGCGGAAGCGGAAGCGUGAGGCCCUGAGUUCCGGAGCGAAGAACAGACUGGUGGAUUUAUCGAUUCGACGUUCGAGCACUAUGGAUGCUAGCUCUGACACGACCAUGUCUGACAUUGUAGACGACGCUCCGAGCGCGAAUGGCAUGUCCGACUAUUUCUCGUUGGAGCGUACGACAGAGGUUGAUGAAGACUCGAAAGUCAUCUCAGAAUUCAAAGGUCCUGCCCUACCGAUCAAGUCCGAACUGGAAACAGAUGAGGAAGCUGAGGGAGCAGAGUGGCCCUAUAGGGUUCUGUGUGAUUUUCUCAUGAUCGAUCUCUUUGAUCCUCAGUGGGAGACUCGGCAUGGCGCAGCGAUGGGAUUGAGAGAAAUUUUCCGAGUCCAUGGCGCUGGGGCUGGUCGUCUAAAAGCAAAGUCGCGAGCCGAGAACGAUGUCCUCAAUCGGCGAUAUCUCGACGAUCUUGCCUGCCGAUUAUGUUGCGUUUUCAUGCUGGAUCGAUUCGGUGACUACGUCUCUGACACGGUUGUUGCACCAAUUCGAGAGACAGUUGGACAGACACUCGGUGCUCUCCUGAUUCAUCUGCCUGCUAGUACAGUUUACGCAGUCCACCGAAUACUGUAUCGAAUGGUGAUGCAAGAAGAUCUCCAAGUUUCGAAGCCCCUAUGGGCCAUCUGUCAUGGUGGAAUGAUCGGUUUACGCUACUUGGUCGCAGUGAGAAACGACCUCUUACUGAAAGACAGCGAUUUGAUUGAUGGAGUCAUCCGUGCGGUUAUGAAGGGUCUUGGAGACUUUGAUGACGAUGUGCGCUCAGUCAGUGCUGCAACUCUCAUUCCAAUCGCCAGAGAGUUCGUCAAUCUACGCCCCGAAGCAUUGGACGGCCUAAUCAACAUUGUCUGGGACUGCCUUUCAAAUCUGGGUGAUGAUCUCAGUGCAAGCACUGGCCAGAUCAUGGAUCUUCUCGCAAAGCUGUGCAGCUUCCCAGAAGUCCUCGAGGCCAUGAAGAAGAAUGCCGCCAGAGAUUCUGAUCAGUCUUUUGCUCUUCUCGUCCCACGGUUAUAUCCUUUCCUUCGCCAUACUAUUACUUCUGUUCGGUCAGCAGUAUUGAGGGCUCUCAUGACAUUCGUCAACAUCGAGGGUGAAGGCACUCGAGACUGGCUCAAUGGCAAGAUCUUAAGACUCAUUUAUCAAAAUAUCCUCGUCGAGCGAAACCAAGAUACGCUGAACCUUUCAUUACAAGUUUGGUCAGCAUUGGUGAGAUACUUGGCGAAGGAUCCAGAGGACCCCGCCGAGCAAUUCUCGGCCCACGUGGAUCCUCUCAUUCAACUCACACUUCACCCUAUUGGCGUCUCGCGACAUCCUAUCCCUAUGAAUGCAACACUCUUCCAGAAGCCCUCUGGCAAUACAUACUCUUUGCCUGCUGGUUUCGUGCAAACAACAACAUCUCGGCAAAUAUCUCCAGUUGCGCAAACCGAGCCUCCAGCUAAGAAACAAAGACGAAAGUCUACAAAGACUUCUGAGCCAAUCCCAACGAGCAGUUCUCACGACGUUGAUGGUCACAUGAUGCAGGGAGAUGUCGAUUUGGUCGGGAUGGAGAUCUUGAUCAGAUCGAGGAUCUCAGCAGCAAAGGCAAUGGGCUUGAUCAUGUCUCUCGUCCCAACCACUGUGCUUGAGGCAUACGAUGGCAGUAUCGUUCUCGGCUUGUCAUCGGCAUACUCAUCGACACAACUCACUGCGGCGUUGAUCGUUGAUGAAUAUGCAAAGAACUGCACCUCGAAAAACCAGCCAGCACGUUUUGUCGAUCCACUACAAAAGAUUAUCGAGACCGACCGACCAUUGCAUUACCGAGACCUCGUGAGCUAUACUCAACUCGUCCGUGCUCAAUGUGCUCAACUUCUCAACACCUUCCGAGAUGUUGGCAAAGUCUCACAAAGCAAAUUGCCUGUUCUUGCUGUCGUCGUUCAAGGCGAGCCCGAGGCCGGGCCGGAUGCAUUCUCAAUUGUCACAGCUGACAAGUGCGUCAAUGAGGAUUUCGAAAGACUGAAGAAGGCCAUGGCUCCUGGUCAACGAUUGAUUGCCACACAAGCCUUGACUGAGGCCCGUGAGAGUGUGGUCGAAGUCAUCAGCAAUGCCAAGAAUAUCAAAGAUCAACGAGACAUCCGAAUUAAAGCCGCUGCUGCCAGCGCUCUCGUUGCCAUGAAAGUCUCGCCUAAGAAGCCGACCCACAUCAUCAAGGGCAUGAUGGACAGCGUCAAGAAAGAGGAGAAUGUGGAGCUACAACAACGCUCUGCUGCUUCUGUCGCUCGGUUGGUGGAGCUGUUUGCCGAGGGUGGCCGUUCUGGGCCAGCGCAGAAGGUCGUCUCGAACUUAGCGAAGUUCAGUUGCAUCGAUACAUCCGAGACCCCCGAGUUUGUACCAAAUGCCGGCUUUACCAGUAAUAUCUUGUCACUCCGAAAGGAGGAAGACCGACGAGAUCACCCCGAUGCAGCCAAAUUCGCCAGAGAAGCUAAGGAGGCUCGGAUUGUCCGAAGAGGUGCCAAGGAGGCUCUGGAGCAAUUAUCCUAUAUCUUCGGUGCCGAUCUCCUGGAGAAAGUACCAACACUCAAAAGUAUCAUGGAAGAUGCUCUGCAACACGCUUUUGCUGGAGAAUUGCCACCGGACUGCAAGGAUCCGGAGCAAGACGUCGGCCAAGCUGCAAUCGAUGGAAUGUCUGUUCUUCGGGCUUUGACCCCGACUCUCAGCAAGGAGCUCCAUCGCUUUGUUCUUCACCUAUUGCCAUUGGUCAUCAAAGCCCUCCACUCAGAGCUUUCGGUCUUCCGAUACAUGGCUGCCAAAUGCCUUGCCACAGUCUGCAGUGUCAUCACUGUUGAAGGUAUGACAAUGCUUGUUGAGAAGGUCUUGCCUUCAAUCAGCAACCCUGUGGACCUCAAUUUCCGACAAGGCGCCAUCGAGGCAGUGUAUCACUUGAUUCACGUCAUGGGAGAUAAUAUAUUACCGUACGUAAUCUUCUUGAUCGUACCGGUCCUUGGUCGUAUGAGUGAUUCGGAUAACGACGUUCGUCUGAUUGCCACCACAACCUUCGCCACCCUCGUCAAGCUUGUACCACUCGAGGCAGGCAUUCCAGAUCCUCCUGGUCUCUCCGAAGAGCUUCUGAAGGGCCGUGAUCGUGAGCGUACAUUCAUUGCCCAGUUACUGGACCCUCAUAAAGUCGAACCUUUCCACAUCCCUGUGGCAAUCAAGGCAGAGCUUCGAUCCUAUCAACAGGAAGGUGUCAAUUGGCUCAAUUUCUUGAACAAGUAUCACCUCCACGGCAUUCUUUGCGAUGAUAUGGGUCUCGGCAAAACUCUCCAGACGCUUUGCAUUGUUGCAAGUGAUCACCACUUACGAGCUGAUGAAUUUGCUAAGACGGGAGCUCCUGAUGUUCGCCGACUUCCCUCACUCAUCGUCUGUCCCCCAACCCUGUCUGGUCACUGGCAACAGGAGAUCAACACUUAUGCACCAUUCCUUACUUGCACAGCUUACGUUGGCGCUCCAGCUGAUCGAGCUCGAUUACGAGACCAGUUGGAUAAGACAGACAUUGUUAUUACUUCUUAUGAUAUCUGCCGUAACGAUGCCGAUAUUCUCAUUCCAUACAACUGGAACUACCUCGUCCUUGACGAAGGCCACUUGAUCAAGAAUCCUCGCGCAAAGGUCACCAUCGCUGUGAAGCGUCUCCUCAGUAAUCAUCGCCUUAUUCUGUCCGGCACUCCGAUUCAGAAUAACGUCUUGGAACUGUGGUCACUCUUCGACUUCCUGAUGCCUGGUUUCCUCGGAGCAGAAAAGGUCUUCCUUGAUCGGUUUGCUAAGCCAAUUGCCGCGAGUCGUUUCAGCAAGUCAUCUUCUAAGGAGCAAGAAGCUGGUGCAUUGGCGAUCGAAGCCUUGCAUAAGCAAGUCUUGCCCUUCCUGCUCCGUCGUCUCAAGGAAGAAGUCUUGGAUGAUCUUCCUCCCAAGAUCUUGCAGAACUACUACUGCGAUCUCAGCGACCUGCAAAAGAAGCUCUUUGAAGACUUCACCAAGAAGGAAGGAAAGACCCUUGCAGAGAAGGCAUCAUCGGGCGACAAAGAAGCCAAACAACACAUUUUCCAAGCCCUCCAGUACAUGCGCAAACUCUGCAACUCGCCUGCCUUAGUCAUGAAAGAAGGCCACAAGCAGUACGAGGAAACCCAACGCCUACUUGCAAAACAAGGCACCAGUCUCCGUGACCCAGUCCACGCACCCAAGCUCACAGCCCUCCGAGACCUGCUCGUCGACUGCGGCAUCGGCACCGAACCGUCAUCCGAGAACGACCUGACAACCGAGACAUCUUACGUUUCACCACAUCGCGCACUCAUCUUCUGCCAAAUGAAAGAAAUGCUUGAUAUGGUGCAAAAUGACGUUCUGAAGAAGAUGCUUCCUUCUGUGCAGUAUCUGCGUAUGGAUGGCUCUGUAGAUGCUUCCAAGCGCCAAGAUAUCGUUAACAAAUUCAACUCGGAUCCUUCCUAUGACGUCUUACUCCUUACCACAUCUGUUGGUGGUCUUGGAUUGAAUUUGACAGGUGCCGAUACGGUCAUAUUCGUGGAGCAUGACUGGAAUCCGCAGAAGGAUUUGCAGGCUAUGGAUCGAGCGCAUCGUAUUGGGCAGAAGAAGGUGGUUAAUGUAUACCGGCUGAUUACUCGAGGUACCUUGGAGGAGAAGAUCAUGUCACUUCAACGCUUCAAAAUCGACGUUGCCUCCACAGUCGUGAACCAGCAAAACGCCGGCUUGGGAACCAUGGAAACCGAUCAAAUCCUCGAUCUCUUCAACCUCGGCGAGACAGCUGAAGGUAUAGACAAACCUACUCUUAAUGGAGCGAGUGCAGGGGACGGCAGAGAAGAGGAUAUGGUUGAUGCCACCGGUGAGGUCAGGGAGAGGGGCAAGAAGGGCUGGUUGGAUGAGAUUGGCGAGCUUUGGGAUGAUAAACAGUACGAGGAGAGUUUUGAUCUGGAGGGGUUUUUGAAGAGUAUGAAAUAGGCUCUUCGUGCCCUCCUCAAAACUUACCUUUCCGACGCCGGUUUUGUGGUGAUGCAUUGCAUGGAUGGCGUUUUUUCCUUUCCUUUUGCUUUGAGGAGUUGGGGUUGGGGAACUUAAGAAUGGGGAGAUAUGGGAGAUUGGAAGGGAUCGUGAG